AUGACUGACCAAACCACAACUGUUAAAAACGUGAACAUUGACAAGGACACUCCAACAUACAAGAAACUCGAUGACUUGUAUGCACUCAUUGAUGGUAUUGAGUUGUGCAUGUUUACCACACGCCGAAGCGAUGGCUCCCUAGUCUCGAGAGCAAUGCAAACUCGCAGUCGCGUCCCAGGAGCAGCAAUUUAUUUCAUAACCAACAACAAAUCCGAUAAGAUGGACGAUAUAACAUUUGAUUCACACGUCAACUGUGCGUAUGUCCGCGGAAAUACCGAAGAAUGGGUUAGUGUGGCUGGAACUGCACGUAUAGUUGAGGAUAGAGAUAUGAUCAAACAGUUGUGGACACCAGACUGUAAGAAAUGGUUUGGUGAUCUCGGAGAUUCCGUUCAUGAUGGAAGCGCUUCAGAUCCGAGAGUUUGCUUGGUUCUUGUGGAACCAGACACUGUUCAUUAUUCAUUAAGGAAAAAUAAUCCAAUCGUCGAAUGGUUUAAGAUUGUAAAAGAAAAGAUUACGGGAGAGACAGCUCAUCCUCAAACCGAACGUGUGCUUGACAGCGACGAACUUCGAACUGCGAAAGGUCGAAUUUGA